UGGAGUUCCUCUUGCUAACCAAAGUUUUGACAUCCAGUUUUGAGACUUACCGGCCUUCCCUCCUGACUUCAAUUCAAGACUUCUGCAGGUGUUGAAGAUGAGUGGGAUCAAAAACCUGGCCUGUUUUUAUACUGUGCUCUUCGCGCUGACGGGAUGUGUCCGCACUGACCUUCACUUCUUGGAUAGGAAUGAGGGGGAGUCUGUGGUUUUCUCCUGUGUGGUGGAGAAGAGGAACCCCCCUCCCUACGGUGUCUACCUGCAGCGACGCUUUCUGCAGACCUCUGAGGUGCUGUUCAUGUACACCAAGAGCGACUUCAGCACUAACAACAGUUACGACAAGAACCGCACCAGUGUGAGCGGGGACCCGAGCAGCUACGCUCUGAAUGUGACCAUCACUCAGCUGAGGGUCAGUGACACAGAUCGCUACGUCUGUGAGUUUCUCGUGCCGGUUCCUUCCUCUGAAGAUCUGCACCUGAAGGGAAACGAUGAAUUCUUCCUCGUGGUUAAGGCUGACGCCGUCAGCUCGACAGACUUUGGUUUGGUAGAGACCUGUGCAGGGGGCUCUGCCGUGCUCCCCUGUGCCCCCCCUCGAGUGGAGGCCCUUGCUGUGGAGGGGGUGAGUCUGAAGCGGCAAAGGAGCCGACUGGCACCUGUGGAGGUGUUGUACCACUCACAGCAUCACCGUGGAAACCGUGGCCUUGUCUCCUCCUCCUCCUCCUCCUCCUCCUCCUCCCGUUUUCCCGAUGAGAGGGUCCAGCUGUCGUUGACCCAGCGUCCUGGUGGCAUCACUUACAACCUGACCCUGCUGCAGAUGCAGCCGGAGGACAGCGGCCUCUACAGCUGCACGCUGCUCCUGCGUGGCUUACCCGACAGCAGCACCCGGCUAGGGAGACAGGUGUUCUUUGUGUCAGUGCAAGCCGAGUGCGGCUGCUCCGGCUACUCCACUCUGCUGUACGCCCUGUCUGCAGCCGUGGCCGUCCUCCUCUUCCUCGUCUUCCUCAUUGGAUGUGUGGUGUUUCAUCGAGGCAGAGCACACCGCAGCGUCAAGACACACCCUCAGGCCCCCAUCUACGAGGAGAUGGCCGGGGUGCACGCUGACAGUCAGAAACUGUCCCCUUACCAUCUGGAGGAAACAAGUUCUUCCGAGAACAAAAUCGGUCACAUGAAGAGAUCCUGUCCUGAAAACCAUUAUGAGCGCCCCAGCGGGGGCCCCAGGAGAGUGUCACCGUAAGAACACAAAA